AGGAAGAAGAAAUAAGUAAUAAGAUUCAUGGCGGUCUUGCACAGAGCGCUCUUUCUUGUUCUCUUUGUUGCUCCUCUCUUAUUUCUUCAUGGCUCAGCACACAAACCUGGAGGAGGCAAGAAAAAAGAACAUAAGGUUGUGGGGGUGGUUCGUGAUCGUCAACGUCAAGCAAAAUCACUCCUUAAGAGUGCCACUGUUGUCGUGAACGGCAACAAACAGAAACAAGAGAAACGACCAGCGGCGGUGACCGGUGGUAAUAAACAAGAUAACAAUGUGGUGGUGAUUCAGCAGAACCCAGGCGCAGUGAAUAAACCACAUACAGUGAUUGUGGUUUCGAACACAGCUAAACCCGCUGGCUACAAACCAAGUCAAAAGGAUCCAGACGUAACUAACCCAUAUGCUGGUUUGACACCCGACAAAAACUUCAAACCAUUUAAGACUGUAAUACCAAACAAACCACCACCUACACAACAGGAAGAGGAAGCUACGCAGAAAGAGAUUAACCAACAAACUACUACUGCUGCGAACGCGGCCAUCAUGGAAAGGGACUUCGAGACAAAGUUCAAAGGUGAUUGGAAGGUACAUGCUGAUGCGUUUGUCUCGGCCAUGCAACUCCAAUUGCUUCCAAACAACAAGGCUAUUAUGUCCGACACCACUUCCUUCGGCCCAUCCAAAAUCGAGUUGCCUAAACCUCAUCCUGCCAACUGUCGCGAAGUCGUACAGAGGGCCGUCGACAAACAGCAUCCCCCAAUAAAUUCAACCGACUGUUGGGCUCAUGCAGUAGAAUAUGACAUUGACACCGCACAAUCUAGGCCAUUAAAGGUUUUAACGGAUCAAUGGUGCUCUUGUGGAGGGCUUUCGCCUAAGGGUUACUUAGUAAGCACCGGCGGUUGGGAAGAAGGUUAUCGAGCUGUUAGACACAUGGGUACAUGCCCUACCUGUGACUUUGAAGAAAAACCAGGAGCGCUUGCCAGCAAUAGAUGGUACGCUACUCAGGUAAUAAUGGAAGAUGGUAACUUUAUCAUUGUUGGUGGUCGCGACACUUUCAACUAUGAAUUUGUGCCAGCCGUUGAAAUGAAUUUCCAAACCAGACAAUUUGACCUUCCAUUACUCCGGGAAACCAAUGACUUUGGAUCAGAGAACAAUCUAUACCCAUUUGUUUACCUAGUCCCCGAUGGCAACGUCUACAUCUUCGCCAACAGCCGUUCCAUCCUUCUGGAGCCCAACACCGGUAAAGUCCUCCGCGAGUACCCAGUCUUGCCCGGUGGCUCUCGGAACUACCCUGCAUCAGGAAUGUCCGUUCUUCUCCCUGUAGACCUCCGCAAAGGCGGCCCCAAUGUUGAUGCUGAGGUGUUGAUUUGUGGUGGUGGAGAUCCCGCGGGAUGGGGAAAGGCUGACAGGGAGAAAAUCUUCUUGCCUGCAUUGAAAGACUGUGGACGCAUGACCAUCACCAGACCCGACGCCAAAUGGGAGAUAGACCAGAUGCCUUCAGAAAGAGUCAUGGGUGACAUGAUCCAUCUUCCAAACUUAGAUGUUCUGAUCCUCAGCGGUGCCAAGAAAGGCGUCUCCGGUUGGCAAAAUGCCGACGAACCCAAUAUGGUGCCAGUCCUAUAUUCCCCCUACAAAAAACUGGGCGAAAGGUUCAAGGAACUAGAACCUGGUUACAUUCCUCGUAUGUACCAUUCGUCCUCCACAUUGAUUCCGGAUGGAAAAGUUUUGGUUGCAGGCAGUAACACAAACCCUACUUACACCUUCACCGAGGACGUGAGGUUUAAGACCGAAACCAUUGUGGAGAAAUUCUGGCCACCUUACUUGGAAUCCAAUCUCCGCCAAUACAGACCCUCAGUACAUGAGGGUGGUACCGAGAAAAUAUUGAAGUACGGACAACAAUUCAGGAUUAAAGUUAAGCUGGUCCCCGAGAUCGGAAUCAGCCAGACCAAUGUCAAGGUAGUCUUGUAUGCACCGCCAUUCACCACCCAUGGCUACUCCAUGAACCAAAGAAUGAUUGUUCUGAAUACACUCAAAAUAACAGAUGCUAACAUUCAAGCUGUGGCACCUCCUUCCGGCAAAAUUGCUCCUCCUGGGUAUUAUAUUCUCUGGGCUGUUCAUCGUGGCUUGCCCAGUAGCGGUAUCUGGGUUCAGAUUGGUGCCUAGACAAGAAAUGUUGGAUGAUUCAUGGAUUCAACCUCUACAUAUAUAGUCUAUAAUAAAAAUUUGUUUUGCUUCUACCAUGCUAUACAAAUUUUUAUCUUUCCCUCAACCAUGGAAUAAAAUUCUUCUUUUCCAUUAGUAAA